AUUUACCAACUCUUUGUCCCGUUGUCUUCAAUCAUUACAUCUACAUCCUCCCGAUAAGAAGCAGGUGACGCGUUGACCAAAACAUACCCUUACUCCAUAUGGUUGAGGGCAUAGCGUCAGUGUGAUCAUCGUAACGAGGAGGCCACCUGAUGAAAAUUCUCAUUUCUUUGCAGGUCGCGCUAGAAUUGAAGCAACAACAUCAUUCGCUGGUUUGCUCUGUUCUUCCUGUGAAGAGAGUUUUUUUGAUGGAGAACAAUAAUUAUCCACAAACUUAUCCGAGUUUCCAAUACUUUCCUCCUCCGUCAGCAUGGAUCGAUCCGGAUUCUAUAUCGUCCAAUGACAAUAAAACUCCAACGUGGGUUAUUGUUGGCGUAGUCAUUGUUGCCGUCAUGCUCUGCGGUUUCCUUUUCUACUACAUCCGGAGGCGAGAGAAGAAAAUCUGGAAAAAAGUGGCCUUAGCAUCUGCUUCGGCCACAAAGCCAUCUCCUCCCGCUUCGCCGAUUAAGGAUCUAGAUCUACCUGAGGAACCUGGCACUAAGCCUUGGCCUGGCAUGCCGCCUCCCAUGAUGGCGCCAAUCGCCAUGGCACCCCCAAUUACCAUCCCGGGUGAUUGUCAGAUAUGCGGGCAUAGAGGAGGGAGAUAUUAUUUCAAGUAUACUUGCCCUGAGUGUAGGCAUAAGUUAGUGUAUGAUGAAACGUAUCCAAACGAUUAAUGAGACAGAAAUCACAAUAGUUUUUCUCAUCUUAGUGUAUGCACAUUAAUUUGGAAGCUUCUAUCUAUGUUUUGUGUGAAACUUGAAUGAUGCAUGACGAUAAAUGGUCUACUUUACUGUACAAUG